CCCAAUGAGCUGGAAGUGGGUAUUUUUGAGGCUCAGCUGCGCCACGGCUUUAGUUGGGGCUGAUCUUUUAACUUGCCUAACUUGUGAGUGUGUCACAGCGGGGUCCCACGGGAUUUUGUGCUGUUGGCGUGGAUAUAAGUAAGGUUGGGCCGAGUCAUCCCCAAUCUUCUCCUUCAAAGCCUCACAGUCACCCAGGACUUUGAGGUUGCAUUGGGCUCUUCAAUGAGCCUCUUCAAGCCGCAGCUGUUUCUGUCACACAACUCGCAUACCGCUCAAAUUUUGUCUGAACCACAACGAUGCCACUUACCUACACGCCGAGGGACCGCGACUAUAUCCCUCCACCAGGUCAAGAGGUCGCCCGACUCGAGACUCACCAUGAUGAUCUUUUCCAAACAACAGACACACCACGCCGAGCAUGGAAUCGGCCGCUAGACCUUCCACCGGAAGAUGCGACCCUUGGUCUCUGCGCCCGGCACCGUCUCAUGGACCUCAGACGCGCCGAUUUUGGACCUCGGCCAUUUACCCAGCAACUUCCUCCAGAAUGGCAUCUCGGGACCUAUGAUGAGGUAGCGGCACGGCGAUCGUGGUGCAAGUUGUGUCAGCUGAUUGCUGAAGUUUGCAAAGAUAUCGCUUGGACAGAUCAGGCUGAUAUAGUCAUGAGCUGGGUCGGAGACGUGCGGUGGAAGAAGAAAGCUUCGCCCAAUCAUGACCUGUCUGACGGAGUAGGGGGCAUGGAGACGUGGGAAACAUUGAGGCUCACGGUUCGGUCGAUUAUGAUCGGAAGAGCGCCGGCAUUUACACCUUUCGACCUCGUGCCGAUUGGCAAAAAGGGGGAACUAUUCCAAGGGAGACUUCUCAACCAAGGUCAGAUCGAUGUAGAUCUUGUCAGGACCUGGCUGAAAUCUUGCAGGGAAUGGCAUGGAGCGGAGUGCUCCCACUGGAUGAGACAGCAGAGUGCAUUACCCACAUUCUUCCCAUUUAUCCGACUCAUUGACCUCGAGGAGAAGUGCUUGGUCGAAAGAAACGAUCUUGUACCGUACGUGGCACUGAGCUACGUCUGGGGUCGGGUGAAAGUCUUCAAGACCUGUGAAAAAGAUAUCGACAAGCUGAGGCUUCCUGGUGGGAUAGAGAGAAACAAGUCAUUGUUCCCGCGCUCGAUAAGGGACGCAAUGACGCUGGCGCAAAGAAUUGGAUAUCGUUACAUCUGGAUCGACUCCAUCUGCAUCAUCCAGGACGAUGACACCGACACCUACAAGAACCUUGAUAAAAGGUACCAAAUAGGGCAGAUGGGAAAGAUCUACCAAUACGCGGACCUUAGCGUAGUGGCUGCCAGUGGAGAGGAUGCGAACGCUGGUCUGCCUGGGGUAGAGGCUGGGACGCGGGAAGCCAGACAGAAAGAAGUCAAGAUAUCACAAGACCUUGGCAUUGUGAAUCGCUCUGUUGCCUGGCCGGAUGCGCUGCUUAAAACAACAUGGGAGGAAAGAGGAUGGACGUACCAGGAGCGCAUUCUGUCCCUGCGCUACAUGUACUUUGUCGAUGACACGGUACACUUCCAGUGUCAACAAGCCACUUGGAGUGAAGACUUUGCGGCCGAGUGUCGGGACCUGGACUUGACCGCCGCUGACCAGGUGGUAAACUUCAGUAUUGUUCCCAGUGAAGUUCCUCCCACGGUUGCGUUGCGGCCUAAUUUGAAGUUCCAGCACAAGCGAUAUCCCGAGCUGGUAGGGCAGUACACAUGUCGCAAUAUGACAUUCAUAACCGACCGUGUGAAUGGAAUCCAGGGUAUCUUGAACGUGAUCAAAGAUCAUUUCUCUUCUCAGAAUGUCGAGUUUGUGCACGGGAUGCCCACGGGUGAGCUCCUGCAUCCGGGGCUUCUUUGGCGACCACGACGGGAGCCGAAGAGAAUCCAUGUGGAUGAGAAGACAGAAAGACCCCUGUGGCCAAGUUGGGCAUGGGCCGGGUGGACAAUACCAGUCUACUACGACUCUGGUGCUGACUUUUCGGCCAACAGCACUGGUCGAUAUCAAACAGAAAUCAGCCUUGGCCUGGACCCCUACUUUUUACACCUGAAAGCUCGCCUCGCCCGGUUUAGACUCAUGAUUGAGGACCGAGGCAAUGAGGAUGCGGUCCCCGCACUACCUCGGGUCCGGCCAACACGGUUGACGCGGUAUGCCAUCACAUAUGUGACGAAUCCUGAGGGAGGUGAUCACGAGUGGAUUGGAUCAAUAUGGUUGUCAUGGUCCCACCGGAAAAAGUUUGUUGAACAACGGUUGAGUCUUGUUUCAAAGGUUACACACGAGUUCAUCCUUCUUUCGGACGCAGACGGGUUCGAGCAAGAGGAACUGGUACAAGCUGCAACAGCCGAAAAGAGAGCCGUGGUCAACGUCAUGAUGAUCGAACGGAGGGAUGAUCCAGGGACAGAUGGUCGGGUUCGUAUUGAGCGUGCGGGUGUGGGUCGAAUGUACAGAGACGCUUGGGAUCGAGUUGAAGAGAAGUGGGAGAGGUUUGAGUUGGGUUAAGAGGGAGGGAUGAGGCCGGUUGACGAGGGGGUCACCUGGUCGGGCAUCCUCAAUAUUGGCGUCGCGACCCAGAACUGUGUGCCUGAACUUUGUUGUAUGUAAUCGAUGGUCCGAUUCUUUGAGGAAAGGGGGAAGAUGAACUGAGUUCUAUGAGUAUAUUCCAUACUAGAGAACAAGGAGAGUGAAGUGAAGGUGAGCCUUUGAGGUUGUAAAGUUGAAGAAACUGAACGGAUGAAGAACAGUUGAGCUUCACCAAACUGUGGCUCAGGUGUCAGUGCUCCACUAACAGUGUGUGGCUCGGCGCCCAAAACCAAUUAACCAGCCACACGAGGG